CCCUUUUUUACCUUUCUCCUAGCCUUGGAUUCAUUUCCCUUCUCCCUUAACAUCCCCUUCCCUCUAUCUUGCAGCAUUCCGUUGUCUGUAUUUCCUCCUCGUUUAUAUGCGAUAGAGCGUUGACGUUGUCCGUUUGAUUGCGCUUUGGUUUCCUUUCCCAUCCCGUCGUUGUCCGUCUAGUCGCAUACCGCGCGAUAUGAGCCAAGUUUGAUUUUGCCCCCCCAGAUAGUCUUUUUUCUUUUUUUGCCCAACAUUCCAGCUGUACAUCCGAAUUCAAGAUGAGUGUAAUAUUCAGAAAGCUCCAAGCGAUCCAAGACUCGCUUUCCGACGACGUGCUCUUGCCCCUCAAGAGCUACAAGUACUCGAGUGUCGAUAAAUCCUAUAUCUCAAAUUAUAUACUGAGGCAUUACUGGAAUGCGUUCGUGGAAAUCUUGCCGCUUUGGCUGGCCCCGAAUAUGGUCACCCUCUUGGGGUUUCUAUUCAUCGUGGGCAAUGUGAUGCUCAUUGAAGUGUACAUGCCUGAUCUCGUGGGACCUGCUCCUUCCUGGCUAUACUAUAGUUUUGCGCUAGGCAUGUGGAUGUAUUCUACUCUGGACAACGUCGAUGGGAAACAGGCGCGCAGAACAGGGACAUCCAGUGGUUUGGGAGAGCUCUUCGACCACGGAAUCGAUUCUUUGAACUGCACUCUGGCUAGUCUUCUCGAGACUGCUGCCAUGGGCUUUGGCUCUUCUCAGCUUGGUGCUUAUACUGCACUCGUCCCUUGCCUCGCAAUGUACUUUUCGACCUGGGAAACCUACCAUACCCAUACACUCUAUCUCGGCUACUUCAAUGGCCCCACUGAAGGCCUUCUUAUCGCGAUCGCGAUCAUGAUUGCCUCUGGCAUCUAUGGCCCCCAGAUCUGGAGCCGACCGAUCGUUGAAUUCUUGAAUUACCCGCAAAUCUUUGGGAACAACUCGAUGAAGGAUCUCUGGGUUCCCAUCCUCCUCUUCUCCUUCUUCCUCGGACACUUGCCCGGUUGCGUCAUGAAUGUCAUUGCUGCUCGUAGAAAGCAGAACCUUCCGAUUGCACCCGUCUUCAAGGAAUGGGUGCCGAUGAUCGUAUUCACGGGCUGCAACAUUGCUUGGCUUUUCUCUCCGUAUUCGACGCUUCUAUCGGAGAACCGACUAGUCCUCUACUGCUGGACAAUCUCGUUUGUCUUUGGACGCAUGACGACCAAGAUUAUCCUCGCUCAUCUGCUCCGGCAGCCAUUUCCCCAUUGGACGGUGCUGCAGGUUCCGCUCAUCGGCGGCGCCAUCCUAGCCAACCUUCCCCGCCUCGGAUUCCCUAUGGUGAGCGCCUGGUUGGAGCUACUUUACCUGCGCCUGUAUCUUGUGUUCGCCUUCGUUGUAUACAUGCACUGGGCAUUCCUCGUGAUCAACAGAAUCACUACUUUUUUGGGAAUUAAUUGUCUGACGAUCCGUCGUGACAAAUCGGCAGCAAGAGACAGGGCUUAUCGUGAAUUUGGCGAGAACCAGCCCCUCAACCCAAACUCUGAUCCCAGCAAGGGGGGUAUCAAGAGCCAUUGACUAUCUUCAUAUGAUGCGUGU